UCGUGGAUAAGGGAGGCGUGGUUCCGCUGACCCGGUGCUUCCGCAUUACUUCCGUGGAAAGGGGGAAAGUAAAACAUUCAACAUAGUGGGUUUACACAGACUAAAGUGGAUUAUUCCCCCCAGAUUCGGUCCUAAGCUGUAUACUAAGCGCCUAAAACCCAGUUAGAGCCGAAAGAAGAGUUUGGAGUCAUGGCGGACGACCGAGGGGACUCGGAACUAGAAGACGAGCUGGAAAUGCAAGGCGCUGAGGGAGGAGGAGAUGUCUUUGACGACCCCAUCUUGGAGCAGGGCGUGGUGGUGCUCAGAGGGUACGUGAUAGAGCGUAUAAGCACGGAGGAUCCUGGUCGCCAUGUCGACUCUGUGGAUCUGGGAGGAAGGCCACAUGAACAAGAUGACCCAGAAGUUAAAGAAGUGGUGGAUCAGCUGCUGAAAAUAGCAGACGAACUGAACAGAAAUGUAGAGUUCCAGCGACUGAUCAACCAGGUUCAGGGAAACUGUGCGAAGGAAGUCUUCAUGAUGGUGGCCAGGAGCAUCUUUAUUGAUGGCAUUAACUGGGGCCGGGUGGUGGCGCUCUUUCAUCUGGCUUACAGACUCAUAUACAGGGCCCUCACCACCAACCAUCUGGAGAACAUCAGGAUGGUGAUCAGCUGGGUCCUGCAGGUCAUCAGGGAGUUGCUGUACCCCUGGCUGGUGCAGCAGGGGGGAUGGGUUGGUGUCAUCCAUAGCUUUCCAUGGAGGAACGCAGCCAUAGUUGCUUCAAUUGUUGUAGUAGCAACAUUUGUUUACUACAGAAUGAAACACUGAGUCCUCCAGCUCUCUGCAGGACACUGAUGAGGACACUUCCUGGGGCUUUUACAAUCAUUCCUAUCCAGCAGCCAAUAGGAGGCCAGCUGCUUUAAACUGAGAACAAUUCUCUCCUGCUUCCGGUCUCUGCGACUAAAACGGACUUUCCUUGUCAGCAUCACUCUCUUCUGUUUUCCUUCACCAGCAAUUCUUUGGAGCUACACCAGCAGGUUUUACAGCUGCAAUGCUGGAGGCAGCUGAACCUGUCAGCUGUGAUGUUAGUUAUCACUGAUUGGACUCUGAGCUCUGAGUCGGAUAAGGGUUGGUUCUUAGAAGACUCAAAGCAACCUGUAAGUGGCAGGAAAAAGCAAUGCUAGCUAGCUCUGACUGUGAGCGGUAGGGAUGACACAUCGCCUACAGCCAGAGGCUCUCUGUCGGUGCAGCGGGGCGCUUUACCUGCUGCUCAGUUCGUUCUUUCAGGAGCUGGAAGAAACACCAAAGAUUAGUGCUGAAAAUCUCAGGGAUCUUUUUUAAUGAUCUUUUUUUAAUGAAGAUGUUUUAUUCAUGAACAGAACCCAUGUAAGGUUUGGGUUUGAGCCAAAGCUGUCCCAGGUCCUCUGCAGAUCUGUCUGCUGCUGACACUCCAGACAUGUUUUUUGUUGUAGACAAGAUCCUAAAGAUUUAAUGCAGGAGUAGAUCCGAGUGUUGAAUGGCAAACGCGUCCAGAUCAUUUCACCAGCUCAGAUCCUGUUCCUGGAAGAACAGGAUCUGAGCUCAUGUGCUGAUUUUAGUUUUAACUGCAGCCUGCAGCAGAAAUAAUGUUCAGUAAUUGGAGGAUUCCUGCUAACUGCCUCACUGGAAGCUUAACCUGCCAAGUUACCACAAAGCCCUUUGAAAAUACCAGGCUUUAUGACAAGAGGACCUUAAAGGGCUGCAGCAAGCAUGUUGCAUAAACCUGGAUGAUGUUAACUUUAUUGAACCACCUUUGGAUUCCAACCCUGUAGGCUGGGCCUUAUGGAUUUCAAGUUUUAUCACAAUAUUUAAUUGUCCUAUUGUAAGAAUGAUAAAACCUAUUUGUUAUUUCUUUCUUAGGUAACUGUAUCAGCAGUCACAGCCCCACAAGCAAAAUAUUAUUGAAAAACAUUUGUCAUAGGACACUAGUCAUAGAAUCAAUCAAUCAAUCAAUAAAGCACCCUUCAUACUAAAAGCAGCUCAACGGGCUGCAUAAAUUAAUAAAAAUAAACUCACAAGAUAAAAAAAAACUCGUUAUCCUCCCCCUAAUGAAAAAACUCAACUGUCUGGAAAAUGUAAAAAGGUUAAUAAAGAAGCAUGAUUUGUAUCACUAGACGGCACACAGUAACUGGAGCUAAUCAUUUUAAUUUUUCUAUGUUUAUCUUCACUGAAAAAAACAGUGGAGAAAGUAGUAAAACGUUUGGGGGCUUUAAACAUUAAAUGGAAUUUAUGACAAUAAAUCAAAAUUCUUAUGAUUUUUACAAAAAUGAAAAGUUGGUUCAACAAAGUCUUGCACAAGAAAUGUCACAUGAAGUCAUAAACAGGUAUUAUCAAAUACCGUAAGGACGUUUUAUUUGAUGCUUUUUUGUAUCUGGAUUUCCAUCCCAUCACUGUGAACUGUUUAGAUAACAACACACUGGUGUUUGUCACACCAGUGUGCAAUGAUUUUGCCCCAUGUGACAAAUCUUUGUCACAUGGGCCAAAAUCAUCAAGUAUUCAUCUUUAAAAAACCCUAAAACAAAAUGGAAGAAGUGCAGCAUACAAAUUGUUUUGGAUUCGGUUGGAAAAAACAACUGGAGUCAAUUGAUUUAAUAAAAUUGUAAAAUUUUAAAAUUGGGUUGACCAGAUUUGGCACCGGGUAGGUGUGGUCCUGUUUGCUAUGCAAUUAAAGACAAUGCAACAUUUGUGAUGUAUUAAAAACAAAAGCAAAAUUCAAGGAUUUAAAUUUGUUGGAAAUAUCAAUAAAAAAAAUCAAUAAAAUAAAA